AUGGACGCCUGGUCAAGCCCAUGGGGCGACGACAGUGCAACGCCACAAGCCUCGACGUCAAAGCAGGCCAAGGAAGUUGAUGACAUAUUUCCGACAAGGGUUGCACAAUUGUCGUCUCUCAACGCUUUCGACGCAUCCGAUCCGUGGGCCAACGACUCCGCGACACCAGUGCAAGAAUCCGAUCCAUUGCCGGUCAGCAGCGCCCCAUCUUCUACCCAGAAUAUCCAUACAACGGAUGAUGCCGCAGACACAAGCUUUCAGAGUACCUCCUACACCGUCACAGCUUGGGGCGAUGCUUCCACCAGUCCAGUCCGCGAGGCGCUCGACCCACCAACAACAACACCUGCAGCAAACCAUCUUCCUCCUGCCGACGAUUCAGAAACGAGGACGCGCCCUGAUCGACAGCAGUCCCUCUCAUCAUACGAUCCGUGGGCAGCCGGUACCUCAUCAGGCUGGGGCGACGAGCCAGGAGCGUCCUCUGCUACCUUUCCAACAACAGAGCCGGAGUCGUCUUCAACGGGCUGGGGAGCAAAUGAGAUCCCUUACUCUCCGCCGCGUGAUCUCGAGCAGCACUUCUCCGCAACCCACCUUGGGAGCCCAACCUCGAGCGCAAAUCCUUACGCAGCGCACGAAGCUGUGGAAAGGUCCAGCAAUGACCAGGCCAGCACGGGAACCGGACUGGAUGUCUGGGCAGCAGAAGCAUCUACCAGAGAAGAAAAAGCGCGUCGUCUCGAUCGAGAGGAGAUCGAUGAACUCAAGGUGGACGCUCGCAAGCUGAUCAGCAGCAUCAAAACAGACAAAGAAACGCAAGCUAGCUUUGCCAAUCCUAGCAGCACCCAAGAAGGGUGGACGGAUCUCUUUGGAAGCCAGGGCACCCAGCGAGACAAGCUGCAUCACCUUCAGACACCGCCCUCGGCACUCACGUCUUCGAGUGGUGCUCUCCGUGCCAAUGUCUUGCAAUCCAGUCCUGCAACGCUCAACCAGCUCCGCGGCUCUAUCGUAAAGACGGAGAAUCGCGGCGUCAAAUUAGCUUCGGCGGAAAGCAGUUCAAGCUGGCAAAGAGGCUCGCGACCCACAACGAAGACAGACUGGCUCCCGGAUCAGUUGACGGCCGAAGCAGACGGGCUUUCCUUUGGGGUCUCAAGCGCGGCAGCAAGCUCAAACACCUCCGCCACGACGUCUGGACCCGGCUGGACGCAAACAUCGAGCAACGAGACACGCUCGACCUCUGGCUCCGGCUUUCUCGCAUCUUUCUUCAAGGCACGGCAGGCAAGUGCGGCGAGCACUGCCGCUGCCCCAGACUCAGCUCCAAAGCCGGCAAGAAGCUCUACCUCGUCCUUCGAGGCAUCCCCAGGCAUGUCCUCGAACGCACAAUUCGAGCCGUACCAAGACACAGCCGGCAAGAGAUAUUCUGACGACCCAACAGGCCCCGACCUCUUGUCACUCGACACGGACACGGCAAGAGCUCCCACCGCGCCUUCAAAAGACACGCCGAGCGGAUCUGCGCAGGGUGCCGGGCUGCUGAGCAGGUGGAGAAACAGCGGCAUCUUCAAGGCGUCGGGAAAGAAGCAGAAUCCAAACUGGGCGUCGAGCAACUUGCGUGGAGACGACCUGGACUGGUUGGACGAGCAGGAGAGCGCCGACUCCAGGGUAGGAAGAUACCACUACAAUGAAGACGAAGAGGCGGACGAUGCAUUUAACAGCUCCCGGGACUCUGCACCACCACUGCCACCUUCGAAGGCAAAGACAGAAGUCGCGCCGGCAUCACAAGCGCUUGAUCCAUUCGACAAUUUGUUCGAUCCGGUACAGCCAAUGCCAAGCUUCAAUGCGAUGGCCAACACAACCGCGACAUCGUCGGCGCGCUCCAGCUUUUCUGCGAGUCGCAUGAGCGGCGACGGCGGCAUGGUGACCAUCAACACCAACCUGGGAAGGACAAACAGCUUCAGGAAGAGCGCUGCGUCGCCGCUACAGCCUCCGCCUCAGUCGCAGGGCGCGAGGAUGCCGUUCGCCCCGCCGCCGCGUGCCCACGCGGCUUCGCCAAACACAGUGCAAAAGCCAGCACCAACCACGCCGGAUCCGUUUGCCGACUUCUUGACCGACGCGCCUUCGCAGCCGACGUCAAACGCAAGUGGCUUCAAAGCACCUCCUCCAGCAACGACCACCUUCCAGGCGCCACCAACCAACGGCAAGGGUGGCGCGCUGACCGCAGACGACCUUUUGUUCUUCGACAGCCUUUGA